CAAUUUGUUACUCUGUGCUUCUCGUCAUAAUGGAGUUUCAAUACAUGGGAAAGGCAGACAUGGCUAAAACAAGCCUCAGCUCUUCCUCGCUAUUUUCAAACCCUGAUGCUUUAUUCUACUUACUAAUUCCAACCAUAAUUCUAUGGUUUGUCUACUUCAGAAUGAGCCGUAAACGGCUCUACGAACUAGCAGCCCAAAUUCAAGGACCAGAGGGAUACCCUUUAGCGGGUAGCAUUCACGAGUUUGUUGGUGAUCCAAUGAAGAUAUUCCAGAAGAUGUGGAAACUAAGUCACAAAUACACAAAGAAUGGCUCCCCAGGAAAACUUUGGAUCGGUCAUCGUCUCAUUGUAUUUUUAUCACACCCAAAAGACAUCGAGGUAAUUUAUGGCAGUCAAACACACAUCUACAAAUCUCCUGAAUAUGGAUUUUUCAAUUCUUGGCUUCGUAGUGGUAUCCUUAUCAAUAAUGGUGAAAAAUGGCGAGCUCUAAGAAAGCUCAUCGCACCAUCCUUCCAUUUGAAUGUUUUGAGAUCAUUCGUUGACCACUUCUACAAACAUAGUUUAUCAGUCGUCCAUAAAAUGAAGGAGGAAGGUUCCAAAGAAUUUGACGUCCACCAUUACAUGGGUGCAUGCACCACAGAAAUUCUGUUGGAAACUGCGAUGGGUGUCGACAAAAAAACACACCAGGUCAACGGUUUUGAAUAUGCCUCAGCUGUCAUGAAGCUAUGUGAAAUUUUGCAUCUACGACAAGUGAAAUUAUGGUUGCGGCCGGACAGUGCUUUUAAACUUACCAGUUAUGCGUCUGAACAUAAUAGACUGCUUAAAUAUAUCGAUGAAUUACCUCAGAAAGUCACGAAAAAGAAGAGAGCAGAUUUCUUGAAAAAGAAACAAACGACAGUUGAAAAGUGUAAUACAAAGUCCGAAGAGGUCAAAGAGGCCGAAAGAGGGGCCCAGAGACUUGACGCGAAAAGGAACAAGGGAGAAGUCACGGAGACAGUAGAAGGAGUUUCAUAUGGUCAAUCAGCAGGGCUCAAAGACGAUCUAGAUGAUGACAUUGGUGAAAAGAAGCGCCAGCCUUUCCUAGAAUCACUCAUUGAAAAUGCAGCAAAUGGAGCUAACUUGACCGAUGAAGAUAUCAGAGACCAAAUUAAUACCAUCAUGUUUGCAGGCCACGACACCACGGCCGCUGGAAGCAGUUUCUUCCUUUGUAUGAUGGGAGUCCGCCCCGAUAUACAGGAAAAGGUAGUAGAGGAGCUUGAACAAAUAUUCGGUGAUUCGGACAGGCCAUGCACGUUUGAAGAUACGCUAGAAAUGAAAUAUAUGGAAAGGUGCAUAAUGGAGACUUUGAGGUUGUACCCACCGGUGCCAAUGACCGGUCGAGAGCCACAGGAAGAGAUCAAAUUAAAGUCCACGGAUUUAACCGUUCCCGCAAAAUGCACUAUUGUCAUCGGAAUAUUUAAGCUGCACAGAGAUCCAUCGAUUUAUCCAAAUCCUGAUGAAUUCAACCCUGACAAUUUCUUACCUGAAAAAACGACGAACAGGCAUUACUAUGCUUUCGUCCCGUUCGGUGCAGGACCUAGAGGCUGUCUUGGUCGCAAAUUUGCCAUGCUGCAACUAAAAGUACUGCUCUCCACGGUUUUGAGGAACUAUAAAAUCUACAGCGACGUCCCACAAAAAGACUGGAAGCUGCAAGCCGACAUCAUUCUUAAAAGAGCUGAUGGUUUUAGGAUUAGAUUAGAACCGCGGAAAAUGACACCAAAACCAAAGAAUUGAAUGGUUUUUAAAGCACAAACGAUCUUUGGUAGUGUUGAUCAAAUUUUGGCAGAUAUAAACAAGGAACAUAUAGAGAGCUUCAUUUUGUUUGUAGUGAUUUUUACUAUGUUUCUAGGUAUAAUGUUUUUUCCUUUCUCUUCUCUGAUCCUUAAUAUAUUGUUUACUCAUUUAUAUAAUGCA